CAACUGUCAUAAUUGAAUUUGGCUUUUCAGUGCCCCAGAUUUGCACAUUAUAACGAUUCAUUUUGCCGGAUAUAUGGUACACAACUUUGAACAUCAAUUUGCAAUGCUUCCUACAUACUUAUAAUAUGUAAUAUCUUAAAAUUUGAUGUUAGAUGGAAAAACUCUUGAGAAACGCGUCUAAAACCUGUUCGUUUUUGGAUAACGAGUCGAAGUAAGGAAGGAAAAGGGAAGGGGGAUGGUGGUGGUAACGUUAUGAAUAACGGAUUCGACAUGUGGUGCCUUGAACGCAGUGAGAAUACGCGAUUUUAUUCCGCGCACGCGAGUGUUCUUAAACGCGAGGUAAACCCCUCUCGUAGCCCCUUUUUGGCUUUGGGCUAAAACCGGCCCGGAGUUGUUACGCACUUGACGUAAUAACGACGGUAAAAGUUUUGUACCUAGCACGGCGAGUUUAUGGCGAAACCCUCUAGAAAGGGGAUUUAGUCUUUUGUUCGUCUCUUUUGAUAGGUCUAUAAGUUGCCGUUUUAAUAAUUCAAAAUGUGACGUCCUCUUCAGUUGAUCCUUCUUCUAAACGAUAGAGUACGUAGAGAGGUAGAUAAAUAACUAAUAGGAAGAAAAGAACUUAUUUUGUUUUCAAAAUUUAUCUUUUUUUUAAAUAAUUUUAUCGAAAUAAAAUUUAAAUACAAAAGCUCAAACAAAAUUAUUAGUUGUUUUUACGGUUUUAUCUUAAAACGAGCGACCUCUGACCUUGAGUGCCGAUAAAAUUUGCUUCUACUAGCGUUUGAGAAAAGAGGCGCAGCAUGCGAAGCAUUUGGUGUUUAGCGUUUGCCACGACAUGGACAACAUCAAAAACGGCUGGUUCACCGAAAAUAAUACUUUGUGGCCUGAACACAAACUCUCGUUAAAAAUAGAAAAUAUUUUACAUCAAGAAAAAUCUAACUAUCAAGAUAUUUUAGUAAUUAAAACAAAAUUCCAUGGAAUAGUUUUAAUAUUAGAUGGCAUAAUUCAAUGUACUGAACACGAUGAAUUUUCUUAUCAAGAAAUGAUCUCUUUCCUACCACUUUGUGCUCACCCUAACCCUUCAAAAGUACUUAUAGUUGGUGGUGGAGAUGGUGGAGUUGCUCGUGAAGUAGCCAAACACCCCCUGGUAAAAGAAAUUGUCCAGGUGGAAAUCGAUGAAAGAGUAAUUGAAGUGAGCAAAAAGUUUUUACCAUUUAUGGCAAUUGGAUUUCAAUCCCCAAAAUUAACGCUAAAAAUUUGUGAUGGUUUUGAAUAUUUACGCCAAAAUCCCGGCCAAUUCGACGUUAUCAUAACGGAUUCAAGCGACCCUAUCGGUCCGGCAAGUAAUCUUUUUACAGAGUCCUAUUUUGGAUUGUUAAAGAAAACUUUGAAAAACAACGGGAUUAUUUGUUCUCAAGCUGGAUCGAUUUGGGAAAAUUGCACUGAAAUUAGGAACUUAAUGAACGGUUGUAAGCAACAUUUUAAUGUGGUAAAAUAUGGUAUUUCUUCCGUACCUACAUAUCCAACUGGGCAUAUUGGGUUCAUUUUGGCGAGUGAUGAUGAAAAGAAAGUAUUUGAAGAACCGUGUUUUAAAUUUAAUUCUCAGGAAUUAGAAGAUAAGAAAUUAAAGUAUUAUAGUUAUGAAAUGCAUAAAUCUGCUUUUGUGUUACCAAAUGUAUUCUCUAAAAUUUUAUAUGAAUAAAGAAUUUUAAUAGAUUA